AUGAGUUUAAGUAAAAAACGGAAAGUCGAUACAGAGUGCCGUGUUUUUAACAAAAAGUGGAAUAAUGACUAUUUCUUCAUUGAACAAAAUAAUGUUGCUUUAUGCGUUAUUUGCAAGGAAAAGGUUGCUGUUUUGAAAGAAUAUAAUAUUGGUAGACAUUAUAAAAGCAAGCACGCAUCUACAUAUAACGACCUAUCUGGUAAACUACGAUCGGACAAAUUUGAAAUCUUAAAACAGAAUUUACUAGCUCAACAGUCAAUUUUUAUUAAACGGUCAUGUCAAAAUGAAUCCCUCGUAAAGGCAAGUUUUCAAGUAGCUCGUACUCUGGCGAUAGCCGGAAAACCGUUUACUGAUGGCCAAAUUGUAAAGGAGUGCAUUUUGAAGACAGUUGAAGAGAUUUGUCCCGAUAAAAUCAAUUUAUUCACCGGUAUUAGCUUGUCAGCGAAUACAAUUGCGCGACGUACCACAGAUCUCGGAAAUGAUAUUAUUCGUCAAUUAAAAGAUAUUUCUAAAAGCUUUAAAUAUUUUUCAAUUGCUUUGGAUGAAUCUACCGACGCUUCAGACUCAGCGCAGGUGCUUUUAUUCGUUCGCGGAGUCAAUGAAUCUUUUGAAAUAACCGAAGAAUUGGCCGCUGUCCACUCAAUGAAAGACUCAUGUACUGGUAAUGAAAUUUUUUUGAAGGUAAAAGAAUCUAUUUUUACUUUGGGUCUUGAAUUUAGCAUUUUAAAAGGCGUAACUACUGAUGGUGGACGCAACAUGUGUGGAGCACAUACAGGUUUGGUUGGAAAUAUUUGUAAAGCUGUAUUUGAGACUGGUGCAGCAGCACCAAUGGCUAUUUACUGCAUAAUACACCAGCAAGCUUUGUGUGGGAAAAAUGCACCAAUAUCUGAAGUUAUGAAUAUUGUUGUGCAGAAUGUAAAUUAUAUUCGAAAAAGUGCUCUCAGUCACCGUCAGUUUAAGAACUUUCUUGCUGAAAUUGAAAGCGAGUACCUAGAUAUUCCCUAUCAUUGCGAAGUUCGUUGGCUCAGCCGAGGUCACGUCUUGAAAAAAUUUUUUUAUCUUCGUUCAGAAAUCGACACAUUUAUGACAGAAAAAAACCGUGUUAUAACUGAGUUAACUGAUUUAACAUGGCUAUGGAAAUUAGCUUUUCUCGUCGAUAUAACUCAGCUCCUUAAUGAGUUAAAUUUAAAGUUGCAAGGAGCUAACUC